AUGACCGACACUCACCCCGCCCCUACCGCUACCGUCGAGGACGUUAUCCCCUCCCUUGAGGCCGCCACUAUCGAGGACAAGGCUGUCGAGCACGUCCACGGCCCCGACUGCAGCCACGACCACGAGCAUGACCACGAGCACGGAGAGGGUCAGCAGGCUCCCCAGCACAGAAACGACUUUGACCUUUUGGAGACCAACGGCACCAAGGACAAGACCGCCGAUCCCCUUGUCAAGAAAUACUUUGCUGCCAAGGAGCUCUUUGCCAACGCUCUGGAGCGUUUGAACGAGAUCCCCGAGGGAGCCGAUCCCGAGUUGAUUACAAAGCACCAGGAUGAGAUCGUGUCGGUGACCAAGGAUCUGAUGAAAGCUUUCUUGCUGGACGAGAAGGCUUGCCAGAUGCACCAGAGAAUCCUCAAGCUCGCCGAGCAGUACGAGGUCUACGUCCAGACCAACAACCCCGAGGGCACCUCGACCACCACCGCCGACUCUGAGGAAGAGGAUGCCGAGAAGCAGAACACCAUCUACACCAAGGAUUCCGUCGUCUUCGUUAUUAUGAUCCUCUGGAGCGGUGGACAGUAUGAGCACUGCAUCCAGACCAUUGGCUUUGCCAUCCAGGAGUUCGAGGACAUCAAGGGACGCAUGUUGGAGCUCCGUGCUUCCUGCCACAUGGCUCUCCGCAACUUCAAGGCCUGCAAUGAAGAUUUGGAGGAGGCUUUGGCCACCGAGCCCAUCAACGUCGAGAACCACUCGACCCUCGGAAACGUCUACUAUGCCACCCACCAGGCCGCCGACGCCCUCCACCACUUCAAGGAAUUCGUUCAGGUUGCUCACCCCGAUUCCCGCACCCUCCCCAACGCCUACUAUGCUCUCGCCACCUUGACCCUCCAGUCGGCCCCCUCGGGCGCGACCAAGAAGAAGUCCAACCAGGCCUUGAAGCAGUCCUCGAUCCUCAAGGAGGCCCAGACCUACUUCAAGCUCGCCCAGGAGGCCGACCUCCGCUUCAAGGAGCUCUACGGAGUCGUUACUGGUUUCAACGAGAUCAAGCGGACCGCCUACCAGGCCUUCCAGGCUCGUACUGCUAACCGUUCCGGACUCAUCCAGACUGAUCCUACCCCUGCCUUGUUGGAGGCUUCGGAGGCCUUGAAGAAGGCGUUUAAGAACCCUGGUAUCUCAGCCUGUGCCAACUGUGGUCGCGCUGACAAUGUUGCCAACGAGGGCCGUUCCCAGGACUUGAAGCCUAAGCCUUUGCUCAAGUGUGCCAAGUGCAGCAAGGUCGCUUACUGCUCCAGACCUUGCCAGAUCACUCACUGGAACUCUACCCACAAGAACACUUGCAAAAAGUAA